UUUAAAUAUAUGGGUCCUAUAAAAAAAUGUGCAUACCCUAGGAAUGUACUGUUAAAUUGCUAGCUUGUUGGAGAGCUACAAACUCAGUCCUGAUAAUUAAGUUCAUAUAGUCCAAACAAGAAAUAGCCUUUGCUGACUUUAGAAAACUCCAGAGCAACAAUAAAAAUGGAGCUUUCCGACAAGUACAUGUUCAAACACAAAGGAUCCUAUUUUGUCACAGAUCUAGUUACACCAGAAUACAUUGAUUCACUGGAGGAUUUUGAAAUCAGAGACAGUGACGUAUUUCUGGCCACUUUUCCAAAAUCAGGCACAAUAUGGACACAGAAUAUUUUGAGCCUGAUUUAUCAUGAAGGUCAUCGAAAUGGAACUGAAGACACUGACCUGUUAGACAGAGUGCCAUGGCUGGAAUACAACAUUCGCAAGAGAGAUUAUGUCAGUCGUGCAUCACCUCGUCUCUUUGCUACCCAUCUGCCCUAUUAUUUAAUACCAAAGGGAUUGAGAAAUGGAAGAGCAAAGAUGAUUUAUGUGGCCAGGAACCCAAAGGAUGUUUUGGUCUCCUAUUAUCAUUUUUCCAAAGUUUCUGUCAAACUGGAAGAAGCAGGUUUUGAUGUCAUUAUGGAGAGGUUUUUGGCUGGUAAAGUGAUAGGUAAUUUAUGGCUAGACCAUAUUGAAGGCUGGUCUGCCCAGAGAGACAACCCGAGUAUUCUUUUCCUUAUGUAUGAAGAAAUGAAGAAGGAUCUGAGAAGCUCUGUAUUGAAAAUAUGCAACUUCCUAGGAAAGACACUGACAGAAAAGGAGUUGGAUGAUGUAGUGGAUAAGGCUUCAUUUGGCAAAAUGAGUGUGGAUCGUAGAGCUAAUUAUACAACCAUGCCCACUGACUUAUUAGAUUUCAAAAAAGGACGCUUUCUGCGCAAAGGUACUGUUGGGGACUGGAAAAACAUGAUGACCGUUGCACAGAGUGAAAGGUUUGACAGUGUUUUUAAGGAGAGAAUGGAAAAGCUGCCCUUCAAGUUCAUCUGGGAUGUCAAUGAAUUUUGAAAUAUGAUGAACAAAACUAUUUCUUUCACUUUGUACAGAUUUUUACUUUGAUGAAACAACCAAUUUGUCCCAGCUUGUUUCCAAAUCAGUUUGCACAUUUGGUGGACAAAGAGGACACAGUUUUAACAGAAUUCUCAUAAUGUCUAGCUUUCUUAAAAUAUACACAUCUUUGGUUUUCUUAAAAUAUACACAUAUAAAAAAUACACAUGAAUGGCUUUAUUAAAUUAUACACAUCUUUGAAGUGAACAGGCCAGAUGUUGACUCAUAAGUAGGUGUGAGAGAAUUUUAAGUCCUAUAUUGUGUAUGAUGUAGUCCUUCAUGUAAAACAAAUUGCUAUUUUUUGUUUGAUCAAAGACAAAAUACAUUUCAAUGUUCAGAGAAUUACAAAGGAUAAAAGGAUAAUUACAUUAUGGAUUGCAUAAUAGAUUACAAAUUGUGAACUGGAUCACAUCUUAUGAAAAGGUGAACUACAUGGAUUUGUUCCCAAUGACUAGUAACAGAAUCAUAUUUGACGAGACCACGAGUGCCAUCCAGUCCAAUCCCUUUCCAUGCACAAAUACUUAGUUAAAGUAUUCCUGACAGAUGGCCUUCCAGCUUGUGUUUAGAACUUUGAAAAAUGAACCAAAACCAAUUAAAACAGGAUUAAAAUAUUUUGUGUGGUGCACAGAACAUUACAAUAAAAUUAAAAAUGAUGAAAAAUAA